GCUUUUUUUUCUCCACUACUGUGUGCUCUUCAAUGAAUAGUGAUUGCGCACACGACUGCGGUAGCUGCUGACGUAGUUAUCGGAAUCAGAUUCCAGAUGGAGAAUCUCGGUCUCGCUAUUGUCCUGAUCCGUGUUCUCAAGUGUGUGGACAGAAUUGUUACGUAAUUGUAUGUGUACACGAACCCGACGCUCUCAGCUGUAGUCUGACUGACUGAUGUUGUGAUCUCUAUAAUUACAGAAGUAUUAAAUACCGUGGAACACCUCAUAUCAAAACAUCGGAGCAAACGUACCCCAGAAACGAAUGCUACGCAUUCACGGUAGACACUCGACGCUAAAUUCGAGAAAUUGAAAAUCAAGAUGAUCCGGGUGGAGAACUUCCGCCCGCUAUGGAAAUAACGAACAGCUGUAGCGAAAGUAUAGUGACGUCAGUGAGUCAACAGCAUACCAAACCUAGCACAAAUCCAACAGAGAGUCCUGUUCAUCCGCAGUCAUCCAGACAAACUACUACAACCAGUGUUUCAUCGGUCAACGCAAACUUCUCAGAUCUAAAGUACCUGCAUAAGAAAUUCAAACGAAUCGCCAGUGCCACUUUGUGCAACGACAGUGGCAGUGAAUCGAACCAGGGUACGUCAGCAGCACCUGCCAACAGGAUAACUGCGACAACGCCAGUGGUAGCAGCAUCAAGUAUAAUCGGAUCGCACGACCUGAGUGGCGCGGAGCCCUUCCAGCAACAACAACAACGGCUACAACAAAACCAAACGACUGCAGCAGCAUGUGCCAAGGAGGCGGAUUUAGUUAACUCAUACGAUCCAACCGUCGUAUGUAUGCGAGCAGAACGGCCAAUCCAAACCAAUGAGAACUACGGUCGCCUCCAAUUAACCUCUUUGACUACUAACGAACUACACAGUAACGGUGCUUCCUUAAGUUGCGCUAACAACAUUAGCGGCAGUAAUAGUUUUAUCAGCUACACCCCGAGAGAGGGUGAAGAAUCGAAACCAUACUUUCCCAGUGUAAAUAACAACAGUGCUAUCAAUAUUAGCUGUGAUUUAAACGAGACGAACCAAUGCACUCUAAUCAGCAGUAGUAGCAGUGGCAGCAGCAACAAUUGUGUCCUAUCAGUAGCAGCAGCCACAGCAGCAGCGACGGCAACCGUCGCCGAAUCGAUCCAGGCCAGUAGUUGUGCGUAUGAGAGCAGUUCACCAACAGCAAGUGCAGGUCAUUUGAACUACGGUGCUCAGUACGACAAUUUGCCGCUCGGCGGCGGGUCCACCAGUCUGAUCAACGCCACCACGACGGCCACACCUGGCCGCUAUGUGUGUCCCUUCUGUCAGAUGAACUGCAGCAAACCGUCGGUGCUGCAGAAGCACAUCCGACGCCACACCAACGAGCGCCCGUUCCGGUGCGACCCGUGCGGAAUUGCAUUUAAAACCAAGAGCAACCUGUACAAGCAUUGCCGAUCACGAGCUCACGCGUCGAAAAGUCGAGGUGAGGACAUUGGCCCACAGCUAGACGAAGACGGUUCCUUUGGUGGGUCCGAUAUAGACGAUAAAGAUUUGAGCAACAGUGGCUCAGAAAUGAUCAACCGAGGCUCUCCGUUGGAAGACCGGGUGAAUUCACCCCAGCUGCUGGUGGAAAAACCCUACAAACCCAAGUUCCAUAACGCUGCAUUGUACACAAAAUUCGACGCGAAACUGGCUAACAAGUUCCCUGUAUCAACGGCCAAUAUCAGCGGUGUUGCGAGUUUAAAUUCCGCUCCAACAACGCCUCACUAUUUGAAUGGCCAAAACGUAGAAUCCCUUGAGCAGCACAUUUCGAAACUGAUUUCAGACAACGAAGCCAUCGUUGAGGUGGUGGAACCACCGUUGCAGAAAAAGUAUCAUAAGAUUACCGGUAUUACGCGCGGCAUUUCAGUCAGCAGUAGUUCGAGUUCUCCCCACGUCGGUCAAGAACUUAGUGCCGCAGGCAGCAGUAGCAGUAGUAACAGUUCCAAACUGGCUAGCGCUCUGAUGCAGAAGCGAAACAGUGAAGAGUAUCAGCUGCGAGCUCAAACCCCGCAACCGAACGCAAGCGUAUUGCCAAGUGAAGCAAAUGUGAUAUCUGUUUCUAGCAAGUCUAGCAAAAUUAUUGUUGCCAACGUACAGCAGAACCAAGUUCCUUACAUGCAAAAUCAGUUGGUUAUGAAACCAUUUCCGUCGGCGGCUGAGCCGCUUCUUCAAACGCAUUAUCUGCCAUUGAAUUUGAGCAAACCGGACCUGUCCGAGCCGGCGGAGUUUGAACGCCACAGAAAACGAAGCAAUGAGUCAUUGUACAGCCAGGAGCUUACAUCUUCAUCCAUGGAUCAGUACCAAACCCCACCUCAGACCGCACAACCCCAGCAGCAGGUAUCCCCCCAAGUACAACAACAACUGGUUCAGCCCUUGCCAUUAAUCUCGUCAACAAAUCCGACGCCUCAGUCCCAGCAACCGCAACACACCCUGCCAUCAGUUGCCGUGAGUAAACAUCCGCAAAAUCCGGAACGAUCGAUCAUCAAAGAUCUCCUGCUUAAUUCACGCGGAUUCGGAGUGGUUCAAAACCCGGAAAAUGAGAACAUCGAAAACCUCUUCACGUGCAAAUCGUGCAACAUAAGUUUUCGAGACGCGGAGAUUCUCAAAUAUCACACCAUUUGCUACUGCCAAGGAAACAGCAGCAACCUGAACAGCCCCUCUAGUGCUCCCAUCAGCCCCGUCGGAUCACCGUCGUCCCAUUUCAUGCGUUCCCGGUCCGCCAGUGAUCGGUACAAUCCGACCAGCUUGAAGCAUCUCGCCCGAGUAUCACUGAAUCCGCCACCGAAAAACCCAUCGACGCUAUCGAAGCUCGCAAAGUCGCAACUCAAACUGCCGAAAGCUCGACCGGAUAACAUUUCGAUGCCACCCAAAGAGAACAGCUCUAGCAGCACGAUGAGUACGGCCAGCGGGUCAUCGAUGCUGCUGCAAACCGCCGAAGGUUCUCAGCUUAGUUGUGCUCCCGCCGUGGUACGAAUCAUCGAUGUGGUACAGAAUCCAUUGCCUUCGCCCGGACCCCUGCUUGGGAACACACGGCUUGUUGAUUUUCAAAGUAACACUUCGGAGAACUACAGCCGGCCGAACACUGCCGAGCCGGACGUUGUGGUGUCGCAUGUCACUUCCAAUGAAAAUCCACCUAUGCGUAAGCGAUCGAUAAUAAUGACAGACAAUCAUUCCGUCGAUUCGUCCGUGUCUGCGAGGCACUCUCAACAUCGCACUUUGCAGAUGUUUGGCGGAAAUAUGGAAGUGGUUGAUCGUAACGAAGUGAUGAAUCACCGGUAUACAUCGGGUGGAUCUUUUACUCAGUUUUCUCCGGACGAGGAUAGUGAGAUGCGUGAAAUGGCGGGAAUUGGAAAUCGUAACACCAUGCACUCUGGUGGAAGCUUCCAGCAGAUAUCAAAAUCCAACCACAACAUAUCUCCGCUUCCAGUGAAUCCGGCGACGCCAAAGUUAGUGGUUACGAUCACGCCUACUCUUACUCCCGCAUUGACGACAUCAAAUUUCUUCUCCAAUCAUCAGCAUUCUCUUUCGGGCAAUAGCAACAACGAGCAGCAACCGAUCACUCACUUUCAUUUCCCACCAAUUCAUCCAAUUAAUGCCUACAAUCCACUAACACUGCCCCAGGUGUCACCGGGUCAAGCUUCGCAGAUCAUGCACGCAGGUAAAUUGAUACCAUUCGUGCAGGGAAUUCCCGGGCCGAAUACCAUCGUGGUUCCAAAUGGAAUGCAGCCGAGAAGUAGUCCUCGUAUCGCAGCCAGCCCUAGCCAGAUCUUGCAAUCGAUCUCGCUUCCGAGCGGUAAUCACAUUGGCGCUGCGGUGAAGAUGCAAUCGGCUUCCCUGCUGUCGGUGGUCAAACCCGUGAGUGUAAUUUCGUCGCUGGAUCAGCGAAGCGAAUCCGAGGAUGGCUAUCGAAGCAAAAAGGCCUUCAUCGUCGUGCCACCGGGCAAAAAUGGACUGACCAAAGAAAUUUGGUCCCCAGCCAAACAAGAACCCUUCAGCGUUGUUCCAAAGAAAAGCUUUAAUUUCACCCGAAUAGCUGACAAUAUUAGCCCGAGGAAGAAGGAGAACAUUGUUGAUCCCGCCAAGAAAGAGGAAAUAAGAUAUUUCAAUUUUGAAAAUCUCAUUUCCAAAUCUGAAAUUCUUAUCAAGACACCUUCAACACCGGAAUGUAAACCGGAGCCAAUGGAUACUAAACCGCUGGAGGGUGGUCAACCCCAACCAAUUUCCAUGAAGGCCAAGUUUUUGCGGCCCAACUCACUGCCACUAAAGCCGGGAACCUUCACUCCGAAGAAGCAUCAUGGAAUCACUCCCACCCACAACACAAUGCCGCUGAUAUCGCCGGAAACUCCGAGACAGUCCAAGUCCUGUCGAGAGCUGUAUUUCAACGGGCAUGCGUACACCAACAUCGGUCUCAAAUCCAGCACCAAGCCAUUCUACUGUACGGUCAACAAGACGCAACCUUUCUACGUUCAGACGCAGAAGCAACUUUCGAUGUACAGUAACUGGCAGGUGCAUCCCGAGAACGAUCCCCACCCGCUGGGACUGAAACCUAUAACCGUCAUGUCGUUGUACGACAGCAGCCAACAGCGUGAUCACCGGUAUUCAAUUGCAGCGGCCCAACAUCUCUCGCUCAAGGUGGUCAAUUCGAGCUCAUCGAGCAGUGCCAUUAUGACUACCGGCGAGGUUAAAAGCAAUUUCCCAACAUUUUCCGUUCCCCCAACCCACUCACCGGGCAGCAACAGCAGUAGUGUGCAGCACAUACUCAAGCAAGCGCCUCUUUCGUCCACUCAGGGUUAUAUCACCUUUGGUUACCACGAUAAGUGUGCCUCCAACGACAGUAUGCCACCGCGGAGCGAGUCUACCGAGCGGACGCUUUCGGGGGGCUUCGAAAGCACCGAGGAGUACACCUACGUGCGGGGACGCGGCCGUGGAAAGUACGUCUGCAAGGAGUGCGGUAUUCGGUGCAAGAAACCUUCCAUGCUGAAGAAACACAUCCGGACCCACACCGAUGUGCGACCGUACUCGUGUCAGCAUUGCAGUUUUCAUUUCAAGACGAAGGGCAAUUUGACGAAGCACAUGAAGUCGAAGAGUCACUUCAAGAAGUGCACCGAGCUCGGGUUGAACCCGAUACCGACCAGUGUGGAUGAUGAUGGCGGCGAUAUCGACAUCGAGGGCGAUCAACAGUCAAUUUCUAGUGAGAGAACUUCAACGAUUCCCGGUGACUCGGAUACGGGCUCCGACAGCGAGGGAGAGGAUAGCGAUGACAGUGAUGAAUCAAAGAGCCGCCUACCGGAACAUGAAGCAGCCCACUGUCUACUGUCUCUGUCGAUGACUCCUCCAACCGGGUCCCAGAUGCCAAAAUCCAGCUAUCCCAGCCCGGUGGCGGCCUACGGAGGCAACCAUCAGUUCGAACGCGUUGGACCCCUGAGCUACGGCUCCAAUCCCAGCAUUUCUCCCGGUCCCCCGGCGAUGAUGCAGCAGCCCAAGCAGCAGCAUCAGCUAGUUCAACCCCCCAUGGACGCCACCGCCGCGAGUCAACCAAACCGAAGAAUUAUCACCUUCGGCAACACACCAAAAGUCGAGUUCAAUCUGCUCAAACACGAACAGUACUACUCUGAUCCAAAUCUGAGCAAGAAGAAGCGAGAACUGAGUCAUUCUUCCCCCUACGAUGACGACGGAGCGAUGCCGAUUGAUUUGACGAAAAAACCGAAGGAUUUUUCACUCGAAGAACCGAUCUACCACCAACUCACCAAGUCGUCGAAUGUUAUAAUGCAACCGCAUCAGCUGCAGCAGCAGCACGCGGUAGCUGAGUUCUCCCCGUCAUCGAACAGAUCCCAGGUUAUCGUUCGGGUUUCCGACGUGGUCACCCCCAUCACGGGGACGGCGAACCUUCUGACGACCCUAGUCUCCAACACGGAUAAAAUCCCGCUGGCGAACAAUUUGAUCACAAACGGGAAGGAGCUCGCGGACGACAAUGUCUACUUCCAGGAGUACAUCAAACAGCGUGCCCUACAGGACAGCAAAAUGAAGCAGAGCCAGAUGAAGAGCAUCAACAAUAACAAUCAGUACGAAUCGGGUGUUGUCACGCUUCCGAAUGCUCCCAUUAUGGGAUCGCUGGGAUCGGUACAGGUGGAGCUUGCUCCCAGUGGGAAAUCCAAUGAUCACCCAAUUCCAAUCGUGACAGCAUCUUCUAAGGUGCUCCAAGAGAAAACCUAUCGGAUAUUCAACGGCAAGAAUGAGUUGUAUCCGAAGACGGCGGUCGUUGUUGAACCGGUCGAAAUAUUGCCAGUCGUAAAGGAGCUCCCCAAUGCAGCUAAACCGAGCGUCUAUCCACCACAGGAAAUUGCAGCAGCAGCUGCAGCAGAAUCAUCCGUUACAGAAAUACCAGAACCAAAUGCCUCGCGAAUGGAUACGCUAGCAGAGGUAGCAGCCGGAAGCCUUAAGUUGGAUGCCGUCGGUCCGGUGCGAUCCAGAAGCAACAGCAGAUCGAGUGAGCAGUUGAAGCCUACGAUAAUAGCCGUAGUGGGGAAGGAAAGUGCGAAGAGUGUCGCUUCCGAGUAUCUGAAACUUACAAAAUCUGUUACGCUGCGGAAGCGAGAGGACAGCGAAAGUGGAACCGCUUCCGAUCAAGAGCCACUGGUGGAGAACAAGCUGAUUCCCACUCCAAUCGUGGCUCCGAUUGUAGCCCCGGUAGUUUUAGUGCCACCAACGACCAACACGGCCACACCGGGUGGUGAGUUGGGAGCGAUUGUAGCCCGUACCGUUGUGGUUGGGGAGGAUGGUUUCAAAACGACGCCAUCCAACGAAUUCUCGCUCAGCCACUUCCAGGAGGACGGUGGUCGACCCGUUUGCGAAGUGUGCCACAAGAAGUUCCACAAAAUAUCUCAACUGAAGAUUCAUAUGAACAUUCACUACAUGGAGCGAAAGUUUCGCUGCGAACCCUGCGGGACAAGCUUCCGGUCGCAGGGUCUGUUCCAGAAACACGAAAGAUCUGCCACCCACCGGAAUAAGGUAUCGAUGACAACCACGUUCGGUAUCGCAACCGAUUCGAAUCCUCGUCCGUUCUAUUGCCGGGACUGUGAUGUCGGAUUCCGAAUCCACGGUCAUCUGGCGAAGCAUUUGCGAUCGAAAAUGCACGUACUGAAGCUGGAAUGCCUGGGGAAACUGCCCUUCGGGACGUACACCGAGAUCGAACGAUCCGGGACAAAUCUAACCGAAAUCGAUACGACGGAUUGCGAAAAUUCGCUUUCCAGCCUAAAGCGGUUGGCGGUUCGAUUGAAUGUGAAGGAUCCGGCCAACGUUCUGCCGCUGGGAUCCUCCGGAUGUGUCACAUCGUCGGAGGCGCCUCUAGGCGGAAACGAGACCGACAGCUGUGACGAUAAUCAGUUCGAGAAUGACAACGAAUCGACGGUCGAUGACAGUCCCAGCUCGAAUGGUCCGAGUAAUCGAGAGGACGGUGAUGAGGACAAUGAGGGGGGUGGUGAUCUUGGAGGGAAUAUCCACCACAGUAGUAGUAGUACUACCGAAUCUAGUGCUUCUACCGAACCACCGCCACAAACCGCCAACAAUAACAACAACAACAAUAAUCCUAACACGAUGAAGCGUAAACCUGAUGACAGCAGUACAACAACAACAACAACAAGCAACGAUUGUGGUGGUGGUGAGGCCAAACGGCCGAGAUUUCCAGCUGCUCCCGAAUCAGCCAUUAUUAACAGUUCCUCAGCUCAAGCAAAUUUUGUCGCCGCCGCUGAAGCCAGCGCAGUCGGGGAAGCAUAGCGAGCGCAGUAUUUGGUUUGAACUGAGAACACGCGGGUGUGCCAAUUUUUUACUGUGUACCACUCUGAUGAGAAAGGGGUGGCUAUUAUUGGAUAAUAUGGUUAAAAAGUGCCAACUUUUCAAAGAAAAAAAUGCGUCCCCACUUUAGUUUUUAGCUAGGUUGUAUAAUUAUUAGCGCCCGUUGCAUAUAGUAGUAUAUAGCUUGCUUAUAGCAAAUUUCACCCCGUUUAUAAGCGCAUUAGUGAUAUUUUAAUUCUUAACUGCAUAGCUUUAAUAUUCUUUAACUAUUUUUGCUGAGUUAUGUGGCAAUUUCAGAAUAUGUUUUAGACUUACGGUUUACGAAGCCCGCGCAUGUGAUCACUUAUGUUUUAAAACAACCGGCGGAUUUAACGGAAAACAAUACUCUCGGGGCUCAAACACUGCUGCAUCAUCGCGCAUAUUAACAUUUUACGGAUCGCUCACGAGCUUUCUCGUGUUUCGCGUUCCUUCUUUACGGACUUGUGUGAAAUCAGCGGAUAAAAUUUUUUGUUGCGUGCAAGUUUCUGUUCAAUGUUAUGCCGGAUUUCAUGAAUAAUGAAUUAUUUUAAUUGAAAUAAAUUGAUUGUUUAUCAAGUGACAUCUCUCACAAACAUGCUCACUAGACAGAGAAUUGAAUCAUUCAUCUUUUCACAUAAUUCAUUUUUUUCUUGAUCGUGACAGAGAAAAGUAACAGACUGAAACGUGAGCAUGGUUCAAAAUAGGAAAAUAUACAGAAUUUUGAAAAUCAAAAAUAAAAGUUGUUCGAAUAGUGUUAUCGAAGUUUUUCGAUACAGAAUUAUUUCACCUUUCAGUCACAAUUUUUUUAAUCGGAAAAGGGUCUGAGAAAAGUUAUAGGUCAAGUUGUAUGGGGGAAAUGAAUUAUUUUGAAGAAAAUUUUUUAAAAAAUAUUCGAAAUGACCCAAAACACAUUUUCAAGAUAAUACUCAUUGGAUAGAGAAUAUUUUUAUUCAUCUUCAGCCAAAUUUUUGUUGGCCAGAAUAGAGUCCGAGCAAAGUUUUGGGCCAAACGUAUACAAGUUGUAGGAGGGAAAUUAUAAAUAAUUAAUAAAUGGAAAUAGAACUUUUUCACAAACGAAAAAAAAAUUGAAUCAAUAGAGUGCGAAGUCGAAAUUUUUACGCGAUAUACAUGAAAAGUCUCCACGAAGCGUUGUCACGUCACACAAUCAAUAAGUUGUAUUAAAUAGGAAUUUCACCGUAUUGCAAAAUAUAUACUAUUUUUUAUGUUUUGUAUUACUCUGAAUACUUCUCAUUUUCUUCUUAGAUCUCUCCUUCCCCUUCCAAAGGUCCAUCCUAUAGGGGAAUGUGGUCCUAACGCGACCGGUGAUCCUGAACAUAUCCCUCUUUGUAUCUCAAGAACGGUAAGGUGUCAUAACGCUGACAAUUUGAUAACAUGGUGACUUUUUUCUGGCUCUCUUCAUUCUAGCGUUUUAGCGCCAUUUUGCGUUUUCAUUGUUUCAAGAACAGAGAAGAAAUAUUGCAAAAUGAGUUCAAUGUUCUUUUAGAUUGUGAAAUAUUGCGAAACAAGGCAAUUGUAAUUGCUUAUGGUAUGUUCAUCAAAAUAAACUAUAUAAAUUGAAUCUACCUGUUAACUGUAAUACACGGUAUGCCGUUGUUUGGGAAAAUUCAGGUGGUUCUAAACCCACCUCCAAUUUUUACAUCGUGAUAGUUUAACACGUUCACUCUGGCGCUUGCCAUCAAUGGCUAGCACAAUCCUGGUUCAUCGAGUGGCGCUCACUACAGGGUGAACGCAUUUGAUUUUUCUAUCAGAAAUUUUUGAUAAACUCUUUGUAUGUAUCUGUGUGCAUGUGCGCGUACCUGUGCAAGGGCGUUUAUGUUUGCGUGUUGAAGAUGACUUUGACUUUGAUUUGGACGUUGACUUUGAUCGUUGACCGUCGACGUUUGCUUGUGCAUUUGGAUGUGUACUUUCUUUGUACAACUUUACACGCGUCGCUCUAAGGCUAUGUUCUUACCACUCAAAUAUUAUCUCCCUCUCGCUUGAAUCCUAGCUGCCUACUAUCAAACUUUAUUCUCUUUUUUCAUUCUACGCGUACCCAUGGGUAUAUUCCAACGCUACCAUUCACGAUCGUAUUGUGGAAUUUCAUGCCACUUUCGGUCUUUUAAGAUCCGCUUUUAACGAACCGGAAAUCACCAUCCUCGAUUUUAAAAUGACAUUGGAAUACGAUAUUCUACUUCCGCUGGUAAGACACCUGCAACAAAAUACCAAAAUCGUAGGGGGUUCCCAUAUUUUUUGUCAUUCAAUACUGUUACCAGGCAGCAAACCGGAAGUCGAAACAAGAAUUAAUUCUAUAUUGUGGAAUCUACGUUCAUCUAUUUGUUGACAAAACAUAGAAGAGAGUUCAUUUGUAUGUUUUGAACCGGUUUCAGUUCCGUUUCAAACAUUAAUGUUCAACAGUCCGUAACAAAGUCAGGUAUUGCUUCGUCACAAAAGUAUUUGACAGACAACAAGCCAAUCAAUCUAUAAAAUAUUCUCCAACUGAUGAUUUUUGUAGUGAAUUUUCUCAAUUUCACUAAAACAUCGUUCAAUUUUGUGUGUUUCAUACAUAAAAACGCAAAAAAAAAUGUUUGUAUUGAGUCAAAACUUUACCACGUCACGCUGGAAUGGAUCGUAUA